AAACUUUAUUUUCAGUUGAAUUUUUUGUUCCAAUGUAUAAAUAUUAUGUUUUAUUGAAGAAAUUUAGUAAAUUUUUAAAAAAUUUAAUAUUAAUUCCAAAAAAGAUAUAUGAAUUUAAAAUUUUAUCUCAUUAAAAUCUAAUGAUAGUGUGUAAUUUCACUAGAAUAAGAAUUUUGAAAUGUAUUUCGGCAUUUACAUGUUGGAAAAGAAAUUCUUUUAUAGACCACAAAAAGAGUUUUUCAAUUUUUGUCAACAAACGAAAUUUAGUAAACACUGUUUUAAAAGAACCUUGGAGCGUUUUAUUUUUUGGAUCAGAUGAAUUUGCAUUAGAAAGUUUGAAAAAUCUCUAUUCUCAGUAUAAACUGCAAAAAUUACUCUGUCGUCUAGAAGUUGUAACUGCUUAUAAGGGUAAAGAAAAUUGUCUUACAAAAUAUGCAAUUGAAAAUGGAAUUACAAUUCAUUCAUGGCCUCUUGAAAUUAAAAAUAUGGAAUUUCACAUUGGAGUUGUGGUAUCUUUUGGUCACUUGAUUCCUUCCCUAAUCAUAGAUUCGUUACCUCUGGGUAUGAUAAAUGUUCACGGAAGUUUAUUACCCAGAUGGAGAGGAUCAGCUCCUAUAAUUCAUGCAAUAAAAAAUGGCGACACAAAAACUGGAAUUUCCAUAAUGACGAUAAUGCCAAAAAAAUUUGAUAUUGGAAGCAUAUUAGCACAGGAGGAAACUACUAUUGAUUUACAUGAAACUCAACCGGAAUUGUACAAAAGAUUAGCUAUAAUGGGUUCCAAAUUACUAAUUAAAACAAUGGAAAAGUUACCUCAAGUUUUAUCCUCUGGAAUACGUCAAAACGAAAUUGGUGUAACAUACGCUCCAAAAAUAAAACCAGAAAUAUCAUUCAUCAAAUGGAAUGAAAUGAAUGCUAAAAAUGUUUAUGAUUUAAAUCGAUCAUUAACAGGGCUGUUUCCCUUAAAAACAAAUUUUAACGGUCAAGCGAUAAAGGUUUUUGAUAUUCAGGUGUUUUCCGAUUCAAUAUAUGUAACUCGGUCAGAAAAUAUUGAACCAGGAACAGCAUUUUAUCAUAAUCGAACUGAUUCACUAGUAGUCAGGUGUAAAGAUAACACUUGGGUGUCGAUUAAAGUAAUAGGCAUUCCAGGAAGGCCUAAGUUAUCUGCUUUCAAUUUCACAAAUGGAUUUAUGGGCGGAAAGAAGCAGAAAUUUUGCCUCUUUACCUCGUAAUAAUUGUACAAAAAUUAAUAAAUAGAUUAAGUUAUAUAGAACUUUCUUUUAA